UUUUCAGCUGCUUUUAAAGUUUCAAUGCAAAUCAAGAACAGCUGUUGGAACUUAAAUGAACAGCUAGUAGCUUAGAUGGCGCUUAUUAGCUCAGUUGCCUGCUAUUUGUCGCCAUGAACACAGCGACCACAAUUGCCAUCGGAUUGUUAAUGUUCAUCCCACUGAUCCUGAUGCAGCUGGACCCUCAAAUAGCCAACUGGUCGGCUCAAAUAGCACUGGAGCUUCAGGAGCAGCCGGACAAGUUGGCCUAUUGUCGUUCGCUUCAGCAACAGAAGCUGCGAAUACCGCUCCAAAACACUGGAUGUGCCACCAUUCUGAGCAACCAGCUCGGCGUGACAGGUGAAAUGCUACUCGAGAUUCAAAAGCGUUGCUGGGCCGGAUGGGGUCUCCUGGCAGGACGAUGUCGCAAGUUGGCCUAGACUUUAAGGUGAUUCGAAAUAUCCCAAAACCUUGUAGCUAACUGAAAUAAAGAACACAAUGGCAGGCAACAUAUGUAUAGCCGUGAUUUUUGAGUUGAUCUCGAGUUCGCCGUGCCAUAAAACCCAAGCAUCCAUCAUAGAUUCGUGUUAACCCUAAUCAAGGAUUGGUUCGUUAUGUU